CUUACUUAGACGUCGUUUAUUUAUAAAGGCUGGGACUUGACGGACGAAGAAAAGAAUUGCAAGAUUCCUUCAAAAACUUUUAUCAAACCAAGAAUUGGGCUCUGGCAAUACAGAGGUUUCUUUCUCUCUCUUUUCGGAUACAUCUAAAUCCAAUGGCGCCUAUCACCUUCACGGACUGUUCCUCCUCCACCGUUGUUCGGCUUCUUCCAGUUACCCGAACAACUUGCCGCCGUAAUGGCGUCGUCUUUCUCCGCCGGUUGGAGGGUACUGUCUCCAUUCGCACUAGCUCUUUCAGAAACCUAACUGCUGGCUCUUAUUCAAUUUCUUCAACACCAGUUAUCGAAGCUGCAAUUAAUGAUGAGAUUGGUGCCAAGGUGAUCGAUGGAAAGUUGGUUGCCAAGAAAAUCAGGGAGGAGAUAAGUGUUGAAGUAACGAGGAUGAAGAAUGAAAUUGGUGCUGUUCCUGGGUUGGCUGUUAUCCUUGUUGGAGACAGAAAGGAUUCUGCUACUUAUGUACGCAACAAGAAAAAAGCUUGCGAAUCUGUUGGGAUUAAUUCUUUUGAAGUUUGCUUGCCUGAAGAAUCUACAGAAGAAGAAGUACUGGAGUUUAUUUCUGGAUUUAAUGACGACGCUUCAGUUCAUGGCAUCCUUGUGCAGUUGCCUCUACCUUCUCAUAUGAAUGAGCAGAACAUCUUGAAUGCUGUGAGCAUUGACAAAGAUGUGGAUGGUUUCCACCCACUGAACAUUGGCCGUCUUGCCAUGCGUGGAAGAGAACCUCUGUUUGUUCCAUGUACACCUAAAGGGUGCAUUGAAUUGUUGCAUAGAUAUGGUGUUGAAAUCAAAGGGAAGAAUGCAGUAGUGAUUGGUCGCAGCAAUAUUGUAGGGAUGCCAGCUGCUUUGCUGCUUCAGAGGGAAGAUGCUACUAUAAGUAUCGUUCAUUCUAGAACAAAGAACCCUGAGAAGAUCACCAAAGAAGCAGAUAUCAUUAUCUCUGCUGUGGGACAACCAAACAUGGUGAGGGGGGAUUGGAUAAAGCCUGGUGCUGUUGUAAUUGAUGUUGGAAUUAAUCCAGUUGAGGAUGCAAAAAGUCCUCGAGGUUACAAGUUGGUUGGAGAUGUUUGUUAUGAGGAGGCCUGCAAGGUUGCUUCAGCUAUCACUCCAGUUCCUGGAGGAGUUGGUCCGAUGACCAUAGCUAUGCUUCUGUCAAAUACUCUCCGCUCAGCAAAGCGGAUGCACAACUUCCGGUGACUAAUAAUUUCAGGAUUGCCGAUGCUUUCCUAGGGACUAACCCUUUACUAAGUUAUGCUUGAGCUUUCAUUUUCACGGCAACAAAGUUUCUGAAACUUUGCUUCUCUGGCUUAGGUUGUUGGUUUACAUUUAAAGAAUAAUUUUUGUUCUUAUAAUCGCAGUUGACAAUACAAUUUUGUAGUGUACUGUCUGGUCAAGAACUUUAUAGUGUCUGGUGGUGGGAGUUAUUGUUACUGCUAAAUGUACUAUGGCUUGAUCUCAUCAUAAAUUUCCUAUUAAGCAAGCAAAAAUCUGUA